CGUUGGCACCUUUUUGUAUGGAUGGAAAUGACGAUAAUCGCAGCGAGGAUUCCUUUUCAACUGCACCUGAUAGGGAUAACACAAUAAACAGCUCACCACUGCUGCCACAUGAACGGCUGUCACUGGAGCAGAAGCUUAGGAGAAUAAUUCUAAUACAGCAAAAUGAUAAAAGCUAUCAUCAAGCCCUAUGUGACAUACGUGAUCAGGUCAGCAUAUCUGUGCUACUGGAGCCCAGUUUUUACGGCCGACACUCUAAAACUUCAGUGCUGGUGAUAGCCACCGCCAAUAAUGCUUAUAUAUUUGAUAUUAAAGCACUGGGCAAAAUUUGCCCUGAAAUGGGAUCAGUGCUCCAGGCUACAAAUCCUCGCAAGAUAAUGCACUAUAGCCAUCGCUUGUGCGAUCAACUAUACUUUGAGCACAGAUUGAAGGUUAAUGGCAUUUGCGAUACGUUUGUCGAGUUCAGUUUGGCGCGGCGGGAUCGGACCCUCUGCAGCUUGGUGGAAGCCAUAUCGCUAGUGCUAGAAAUAGACAUUUCAGAGCUUAACAUUAAUAGUAAAUGCGAAUCUCAACGGAACUUUACCGGUCGACCCUUAUCUAAAGAUCAAAUGGUGCAUCUUGGCAAGAUUGCUAUUUUACAAGGAAAACUGCAUGACAGACUUAUCUAUGAUAACAUCUGUAAGGAUAUACAACACAUGUCUUCCAAAUUGAGUUCCGAAGUUUAA